UUUUGUAAUUUGUGGGGAGGGUUAAAAACCGCGCGUAGAGCUGCAAAUUUAUUCCUGGAAAAUCGUCGUUGGUGCUGACCGUGGCACAUCGCAAAGUUAACAAACGUAACCGAAAGUAUUAGCCCCAGCAACCCGGACAAGUGUCACACGGAGGAGAUAGGAGCCAACAAUUUAUAUAAAAACAUAUUAUAAACUAAAAAAAAAUGUUCUCACGACCCAGCUUGUGCGGAACUGUGGGCAAAUUGUGCCGAUGCAGUACUUCAGCAACAGGAAUUACUACGGUGGCACCCGCAACAGUUCCCGUCGCCCGACAUUAUCACGAGGUGGUGGGCGACAUCAUCUGCCCCUCUCAGGUGCGCGGCAUUGAUCACAUCCGUGAUCCACGACUUAACAAGGGCCUGGCCUUCACCCUCGAGGAGCGUCAGACACUCGGCAUCCAUGGACUGCAGCCGGCUCGCUUCAAGACCCAGGAGGAGCAGCUGCAGCUCUGCAAGAUCGCCGUGAACCGCUACACGGAGCCGCUGAACAAGUACCUUUACCUGAGCGAUCUGUACGAUCGUAAUGAGCGGCUGUUCUUCCGUUUCCUCUCGGAGAACAUCGAGGAUCUGAUGCCCAUCGUCUAUACGCCCACAGUGGGUUUGGCUUGCCAGCGUUUUGGCCUGAUCUACAGGCGUCCCCAUGGUCUCUUCAUCACCUACAACGAUCGUGGACACAUCUUCGAUGUGAUGAAGAACUGGCCGGAGCCUAAUGUGCGUGCGAUUUGCGUGACGGAUGGCGAGCGCAUCCUGGGACUGGGAGAUUUGGGAGCCUGCGGCAUGGGCAUUCCCGUGGGCAAGCUGGCCUUGUACACAGCUCUGGCUGGAAUCAAACCCCACCAGUGCCUGCCCAUCUUGGUGGACGUGGGCACCAACAACAUCGAUCUGCUGGAGGAUCCCCUGUACGUGGGUCUGCGUCAGAAGCGAGUGGUUGGACGCGAAUACGACGACUUCAUUGACGAGUUCAUGGAGGCGGUGGUGCAGCGUUAUGGCCAGAACACCUUGAUCCAGUUCGAGGACUUUGGCAACCACAAUGCAUUUAGGUUCCUGGACAAAUACCGCAACACCUACUGCACUUUCAACGACGAUAUCCAGGGAACCGCCUCCGUGGCCGUCGCUGGACUCUAUGCCUCCAAGCGUAUCACCGGCAAGUCCUUCAAGGACUACACCUUCCUGUUCGCCGGAGCCGGUGAAGCCGCCAUCGGUAUUGCCGAUCUCACAGUCAAGGCCAUGGUGGAAGAUGGCGUGCCCCUCGAGGAGGCCUACAACAGAAUUUACAUGGUGGACAUCGACGGUCUGCUGACCAAGAGCCGCAAGGUGGGCAACCUAGAUGGCCACAAAAUCCACUAUGCCAAGGACAUCAACCCCAUGUCGGAUCUUGCCGAGAUUGUCUCCACCAUCAAGCCUAGUGUGCUCAUUGGUGCUUCUGCCGCUGCCGGCAUUUUCACACCCGAGAUCCUGCGCACCAUGGCGGAUAACAACGAGAGGCCCGUGGUGUUUGCCUUGUCCAAUCCCACCAGCAAGGCUGAAUGCACUGCCGAAGAUGCCUACAAGCACACAGAUGCUCGCGUCAUCUUCUCGUCGGGCUCUCCGUUCCCACCUGUUCAGGUCGGCGAGAAGACCUUCUACCCAGGCCAGGGCAACAAUGCCUAUAUCUUCCCCGGCGUGGGCUUGGGCGUGAUCUGCACAGGCACCCACCACAUACCCGACGAAAUGUUCCUUAUCGCCGCCCAGGAGCUGGCCAACUUCGUGGAGCCCAGCGACAUUGAGCGCGGAUCACUGUACCCUCCCCUUUCGAGCAUCCGUGAGGUGUCAAUGAACAUUGCCGUUGGCGUGACCAAAUGUGCCUACGAUAGAGGCUUGGCAUCUACUUAUCCGGAGCCGCAGGACAAGCGCAAGUGGCUGGAGAACCAACUGUACAACUUCAACUACGAGAGCUCCAUGCCGGCUUCAUGGGUUUGGCCCCGGAUGCCCUACAUUAAGACUCGCGAAGAAAGCCCGCUCAUUGCCGCCAUCAAAUAAAAAGCAUUAAAGCGUUCAACUGAUUGAUGGCACCGUUCUGUUUUGCAUCUAACACACUCUACUACUUCCAAGCGUACACCAUCAGCACCAAGCAACCAACCAACCAAACAACCAACCGACUACUAACAAGAUUACUCUAGACUAGAUAGAUUUCAAGUGCUCACUUCUUUUAAAUGUUUGUUGAUCAAUUCGUUGGCGCCGUCCGUCAGCAUCUUAGAUAUGGUUCGAGCAUCUCCCACAUCGUUGACUAAAAAAUAAUUUAAACAAUUGUUAAUAAUACCACUAGACCAUUGGUCAGCGAUGUGGGAGAGUUAGGACCUGUGCGAUGGGGACGGAGUCAACGGAUUAAUUCUUAAGUGUAUUUUCAAAAUGUUCAUAGUAUUAUGUAUGUAUGCCGUGUUUUUAUAUUUGUAUAAAUUAUCAUGUUAUUAAUUUUGUGAUACCAAAAUACCGAUACCAAAUGACGACAUUGACUGUGACGAUGACUACGCCUCUGAAAAGCAAUUACGCAGUAUUCUAUUCUAUCCUAUCACCACUAUCCUAUCUGUAUUUAAUCUGUGCUAUGUUUAUGGUUUGCUGUAACUUAACUACCCAAUUGGCUUUGCAGUUCCAUUCCCACGCCGCUUGCCAUAACUCUCCCUGCAUUUUCUGUGCAUUUCCCAGCUUCCCAACUGAUCUGCUCUGUCUACUACUACUACUAACUCUGACGGCGGCAUCAAGCGAGCUCCAAAGCUAUACUUAUUUACCAAAUCAAAUUCACGCUUAAUCACCCACCUGAAAUUCGACAAUUGAUUGAUUUAUCUAUUGCUAUAUGUUCCUUUCGUUGACACACAGAGAGCGAGGAACUUAUGUAAAUUAUCGAACCCCCUACUGCAAACCGACCGCCUAGAAAAAUUGGCUAGACAGCAGAGCUAACUGCUUCGAGAACUGGUGAGAGCAACCCAACCAACCAACCAUCCAACCGAUUCCACAUGUAAAACAACUUAAUUCGCUGCUGUUAACCAACUACCCAACUAUCUAAGUUAAUACUUUAUGAUUUCUAUCGUUUAGUUCCCAUAUAUCUGUAGAUAUAUUCGAGUGACGAUUAUGUUUUUUUUUCUUCGUUGAGCCAUGUCUGAUAUUUAUUAACGCAAUUAAGCAGCUUUGUUAUAAUUUAUUGUUACCAAGGUCGAGCUAAUGUAUCAAUAACUAGAAACCCUAUCCCUAAAUAUCGAUCGGACCGAUUUAGCCAUUGUACCACUGACUAGAUGAUGAUGAUGUGCGAUAAACAAUAAAAUAAAAACACAAGUUAAAUA